CCUGCGGUCUGCUGACUGUGAGGGGGCAUCUGUGCGAGCGGCACUUUCAGACCUAGCCGACCUGUCUGCUUCUUCCGCAAUUCGGUUCAAUGAGACAUCGGAGAUCAGAUGGAAGAGCGUGGUGCCGAAGUCUCUUAGUGGCUCAGCGUGCCAUGCCAAUCUUCUGACACAUACAGCAAGCCUUCAACUCCACGUCGGCGAACCGAAGAUUCCCCGAGAGCCGACGCAAGUUUGACGUCCGUGUGCAAUCAUGGGCUGCAGUAAGGUGUGUGUAGGCUUGGUCGGAGCGGUUGUCGUCAUCACGCUGAUAGCCGUCCCGACGGCAGUUUAUGUGAAUAGGGGUGAUUCAGGUUCAAGGAGAACUUUCACAUUAGAUGACUUUUAUAAUCAAACAAUUAGGUAUCAAAUAUAUAGCUUGCGAUGGAUUUCAGACAAUGAAUACCUCCAUAAAAGUAAAGAUGGCAGCAUCUAUCUGCAUAAUGUAGAGACGAUGGAGAGCUCAUUAUACUUGAGCAACUCGACUUUUAGCCAAGUGGAUGCCACAGAAUAUCUGGUCUCCGCUGACAAGAAAUUCAUCUGUUUUGAGAGUAACUAUACAAAGCAGUGGAGACACUCCUUCAAUGCCACAUACUCCAUAUAUGAUAUCGAGACACAGACUUUCAUCACACCUGUUCACAUCCCUACAGCCACCCAGUUAUUACUGUGGGCACCCGUGGGAAGCAUGUUGGCCUAUGUGUGGGAUUAUAACAUUUACAUCAAAUUGAAUUCUACUGCUGAGCCAAUACAGGUCACCAAAGAUGGGAAAGUCAAUCAGAUUCUCAAUGGAGUGCCAGACUGGGUGUAUGAAGAGGAGGUGUUUGCAUCCAAUGAGGGGAUAUGGUGGUCUCCCUCUGCAAAGUACUUAGCAUACGUGCAGGUCAAUGACACAGGGGUGCACGCAAUCGAGUACACAAUGUAUGAAAACGGACAGUACCCUAGCACCAUGACCGUCCCUUACCCCAAGGCUGGCACCACUAUUCCAACAGCCAGGUUGUUUGUAAUUGACAUUUCAAGCCCAGUCACACAUUCUGAAGUAGUGGUCCCGGAUUCCAUAGGAAUAGGUGAUCAUUACCUGAGCUCUGUCACUUGGGUUACCGACACACGGAUGGCUGUGCAGUGGAUCACCCGCAGACAGGACCAUGUUGUACUUCAGGUCUACGACUACGAUGGGAGCAGCUGGAAGGAAAGCGUGGUAUUUGAAGUAAAAAGCAGAACUGGCUGGGUGGGUCGGUACAUCCCUUUACCACCUUACUUUGCUGCAGACAACACCAGUUUCUACAUAGUGAUGAGCGAUGCAGAGGGCUACAAACACAUCCACUAUGUGAAGGGUGGAAAAGCAGUACCAAUAACCUCAGGCAAAUGGGAAGUCAUCUAUAUCUCAAAAUUAACUAAAAAUGCCAUUUACUAUGUGAGUAAUGAGCACAAGGGAAGACCAGGACAGCGAAACCUUUACAAGAUAGCCCUCAGUAGCAGUGGUCACACUGCCCCCGAAUGUCUUACCUGCUCACUGUACGAGGAGAGGUGUCAGUUCAACUCAGCGUACUUCAGCCAAAACGCCUCCUACUUCCGCAUGGAUUGCUAUGGGCCGGGGCUGCCUAUGUUUACACUAAUGGAUAACCGAGGAUCUUGUAAAGAAAUUAAGGUGCUUGAAGACAACAAAGUACUGGAACAAAUUCUGCGGACAGAGUUGCAGAUGCCAACAAUAAAACGUGCUGCGUUAAAACUAGAAGGGUUUGAUUUCUGGUACCAGAUGAUGUUCCCGCCCAAUUUUGACGCAUCCAAAAAAUACCCUCUGCUAAUUCAAGUGUAUGCUGGGCCUGCGAGUCAGUACGUCGACUACAGGUUCAGGUUGGAGUGGGCCACGUACCUGUGCAGCACCGAGAAAGCCAUCGUGGCCAGCUUUGACGGCAGGGGAAGCGGUUACCAAGGCGACAAAAUAAUGCACGCCAUCUACGAGCGGUUGGGCACGUAUGAGGUGGAAGAUCAGAUCUCAGCCGUGAGGAAAUUCACAGAAAUGGGUUUCAUAGACAAAGACAGAAUAGGAAUUUGGGGAUGGUCGUACGGUGGCUAUGUGACCUCCAUGGCUCUGGGAUCUGGAAGUGGUCUGUUCAAAUGUGGCAUCGCUGUAGCCCCUGUUUCCCAGUGGGAAUAUUAUGAUGCUGUGUAUACUGAGAGGUACAUGCAUCGGCCCGAGGAAAACCCCGACAGCUACAAAAAUUCCACCGUAACGGGCAGAGCGAAGAAUUUCAGAUCAGUCCAGUACCUGCUGGUGCACGGCACAGCAGAUGAAAAUGUCCAUUUCCAGCAGGCUGCUCAGAUCUCCAAGGCGCUAGUGGAGGAGCAGGUGGACUUUGAGGCGAUGUGGUACACGGACAAAGAUCACGGCCUGUCUGGCAAAGCCCGCUACCACCUCUACACGCACCUCAGCCACUUCCUUCAGAAGUGCUUUUCAGAAAAAAAAUAAGCACAGUUAGUUAUAGGAAACUUAUAACUAUAUUGUGCAACUCCUCUACAUAACUUAUGAUGACAUGUUAAAAAAAAUCAAUUACAGUAUAUAUUGUAUUUUGAUCAUUAUUGUUAUACCAUUCUGAUUUGAACUGUUAUUCUUUGUUUUUGCGGUGUUGAUCAAAUAUGACUGUUACCUGUUUUCAGGGUCUGCAUGUUUCCUUUCGCUUGCUUUUGUUACUAAUAUUUAUAAAAUAUUAGAUACAGCUACACAGUAAAUGUGACAUAAGUUGUCUUUGUGGUAUUUGUUCUUGCACUGAAUUCAACAUGAUAUAUGAAGUCUUCAGUAUAGCCUCUAAAAAAAAAAAAGGGUUUUGGUGUUUAAGACCCAUCUAAUAUUGUAAUGCAAAGUGUAUCUCCUUAUAGUGUUUGGCUGCAAAUACCUUGAAAUAAUAAAUUGAAGAAAAGCA